AUGCCUCACACUGCCGAUAUUAACCAAGAAACCAAGUAUAAGCUCAACAACGGACUCGAGAUCCCAGUAGCUGGGUUUGGAGUUUAUAGGAUUAGUCCCGAAGAUACUGAAGAACGAGUUUAUCAAGCUUUAAAGGCUGGCUACAGACACAUCGAUUCAGCCGUGGCCUAUGGUAACGAAAAGGAGGCCGCUGCAGGUAUCCGUAAGUUUUCGAACGAGACCGGUAUUCCCAGAGAAGCCAUUUGGUUUACCACGAAACUCACCGGCCAGCAGCAGGGACUCGAAGAAACUAAACAGGCUUUAAGAGAUGUAGCCAAAGAUGUGAAAGAAUCAAUUGGAUACGUGGACUUGAUUCUGUUGCACUCGCCCAAAACUAGCUCCCAAAGACGUUUGGAAGCAUGGAAAGUGCUGGAAAACGCGGUAUUGAAUCCAGAAACCAGUUAUAUCCCAAUCAAGUCUAUCGGAGUGUCCAACUUUGGGGAGGCGCAUCUGGAACAGCUGUUAGCGGAAGCACGGGUCAAGCCGGUCUUGAACCAGCUGGAAUUGCAUCCUUGGCUGCCUCGUGUAGCGUUGCGUCAGUAUCUGAAGAAGCACGAAAUCUUGGCCGAAGCUUACUCCCCAUUGACGCAAGGCGAAAGACUCGAGGACCCCGAAUUGCUGUCUUUGGAGGCUCAAAGCGGCAUUUCCAAAGCCCAAUUGUUGCUGCGUUGGUCUUACCUACAGGGAUUCAUUGUUCUCGUCAAGACCAACAACCCUGAGCGUAUAGUGAGCAACCUAGAGGUCCUGCCUAAGAAGGAUGACGACUGGAAAGUUUCGCUGGACGACACUAUUUGGAAAGCGUUCGACAAGCCCGAAUCGAAUGACGUUGUCACUUGGGGGCACAACGAUCCUACACUGUUCCCAAUCGACUAA